AUGCUGCCCGUCUGUGUUCAACACUUCAUUGUGACCAAGCAGAGAGAAAAGGCAAGGGCGGAACACGAUCACUGGAUUGCGCCGCGAAAGCGAGACGCACUUAUACGAAAUCUCCUCGGGGUAGGGGCACAACAGAUUCUUUUGAGCAACCCUGAAAUUUCAACGUGGCAGCAGCAAGCACUAAAGAGAUACAAAAAGACGCAACGCUUAGGCCUUGAUCUUCUUGACACCCUCGAACGCCCUUUUCUCGGCCGCGGUCUGGAAGCGACCGUGACCGAAUUUGGAACUCGUGUCGAUGAACUUGAGCGUGAUCUGCUCGGUCGCCUUGCGCGAGGUGUGGGUGAUGAGCGACUUGCGCAGGGUCAAGACGCGCUUCUUGACACCGACCGUCGAGCCCUUGACGACAACAAAGUCGUUCUUAACGAUACCGUAUCGGACAAAGCCACCGAGGGGGUUGAUCGACUUCUCCGUGAUGUCGAAUUCGGUCGCACCCGAGUUGGCAUCACCAGCAGCGCCAAUUCGGUAGAUCUUCUUCGAUCUGUAGAGAGCAAAGUGGCAAUGGUGA